AUAAACAAACAUAUAGUACCGAAAUUUUAAAUCAACCGGACCGAAUUCAGACAGGGUACCGAACACAGAAGGCUUAGAUAAACCUAAAGGGUUUUGACCUCCUUCGUGUUUCUCUUAGCCUCCUCUUUCUCCAGUUCUCUACGCGCAUCCAGGUUCAAAGCAGAAGAGAAGAGUAGUAGGUGAAGAUGUUGUACAUCAUAGGCUUAGGCCUAGGAGACGAAAGGGACAUAACCCUGAGAGGUCUCGAAGCCGUCAAGAAAUCUCAGAAAAUCUACAUGGAAGCUUACACUUCUCUCUUGUCCUUCGGUCUCUCCUCCGAUGGUCUUUCCAGUCUCGAAAAGUUUUAUGGGAAACCAAUCACACUUGCUGAUAGAGAGAUGGUGGAAGAGAAGGCAGGGAGUAUGAUUGAAGAAGCCAUUGAUAAUGAUAUCGCUUUCCUCGUUGUUGGUGAUCCCUUUGGAGCGACAACUCAUAGCGAUCUUGUUGUUAGAGCUAAGAAACUCGGUGUAAAAGUAGAGGUAGUGCACAACGCAUCAGUCAUGAACGCUGUUGGGAUCUGUGGUCUGCAGCUUUACCAUUACGGAGAGACGGUUUCGAUCCCUUUCUUCACGGAGACUUGGAGACCUGACAGCUUUUACGAGAAGAUCAAGAAGAACCGUGCUCUCGGACUGCACACGCUCUGCUUGCUUGAUAUCCGAGUUAAGGAGCCCACUUUCGAGUCUCUUUGCAGAGGAGGGAAGAAACAGUACGAGCCGCCGAGGUAUAUGACUGUUAAUACUGCGAUUGAGCAGCUGCUUGAAGUUGAGGAGAAGCGUGGAGAGUCUGUGUAUGGCGAGGAGACGGAGUGUGUGGGUUUUGCGAGGCUUGGCGCUGAGGAUCAGAAGAUAGUUUCGGGGACGAUGAUGCAGCUGGAGAGUGUUGAUUUUGGAGCACCGUUGCAUUGUCUUGUGAUAGUGGGGAAGACUCAUCCUGUGGAAGAAGAGAUGUUGGAGUUUUACAAAUACGAAACUGCAAAUUAAAAAGACCACAGGACUGAAGAAGGCUCAAGGGGGGAGGCAAGGACGUUUCCCUUAGUAAGAGAUUGAAACUAGGAACCAAAUGUGUCAACAGUUUUUCUUCGUUAUUAAUUUGCGGUUUUUGUUGAUUAUGAUGUGACUUAAGUAUGAGAAGUGUGUAUUGAAAUAUUCAUUUUGCUCUAGUUUGGGGAGCAGGCACUUUGUAUUAGAGAUCUUUGUUUCAGUGAGAAUAUCAGUUUGGGAUUUA